CGGAAUCAUGUCUAUGUUUUGCCUGUAGGAUAUAUUUGUGUAUGCUUUAGCAACACUGAAAAGCAAACCAGAAACGAAAAUGACAGAACUCGGGGUGGACCCUUCGAUGAAUGAAAGGAUAGAAUUUACCAAUGUAUCGUUAGAUGCAGAGGCCCUGUCACCUAUAAAGAAGAAACAGCCCAGGAGGAUCCUGCACUUUAGUGAUGGCAUCCUGGAGGAAUACUCUACUGACGAGGACGAGGAGGAAAAGAAACCAGCUGAGCCUCCUGUAGACCCUAAAUCACUGACCUGGGUUCCUUGGAUUUGGUAUUAUACAGCAUUUGCAGCAAUGAAAACAUUAAAAGGUGCCGAUUUCUGUGGAGAAAAAUUGGCUUGGUUUUUCGGCAUCACAACACCAAAAUAUCAAUAUGCUAUAGAUGAAUUCUACAGAUUGAAAGAAGAGGAGGAGAAAGAGAAUGCGAGACAAGAGAAAAUAUUGAAGAAGUUGGAGGCAGAGAAGUUAUCAAGUGUGGAUAUAGAAAUAGACUUUAAAGGUGUCCCGUCCCAACAGAUGCCAGGGGCUAACACCACAGAAAACGUGGACAAAUACUAGCAUGGAAACAACCCAGCAUCAAGUUCCUGUGUCAAUUAAAGUGUUACAAGUUUGCAAUUUCUGAAAAGUAGAUUUUUGCUAUUAUACCAAAAUAUGAAUAACCAUGUCAGAUAUCCCUCCAUUUUCAAAACAGUUUUCUUUACAUAUUUAGAUGUUUGGUACAUGGCAUUUUACGGUAUUUCAAGAUUUAAGUUAAUUCUUUGUGUCUGAAUCAAGAAAUGUUUCAUGUUCAGUUUUAUUUUGUUCAGCUGAAAGAAAAUGUAUGGUCCAAUUUGUUUUUAUGAAUACUAUAAUUACACUGCACUGAGGAAUAUUUUGAUUAAGUACAGUAGCAAAAAAAAUAUUGUUUAAGAAAGUAUUGAGAGGAAUUUAUUUUAAGAUGUUGGAGCCAGUUGUCUGUGAUACUUUAGUGUGUCCAUGUGAUCUGAACUUAGAUAACUGUAGGGAGCUGUAUUGAAAAAGAGACGUUACAGCUGAUGUAUCUUACGACGACCAUUCAUGUACCAAAACCCGGAAAGUAUUGUCAAUAACCAGCCCAAAAGGAACAACAAUCCACUCUUUGACGAAGGAUCAUGUAUGUUUCGCAAGAAAUUAAUUUUGGCAUCAGUUUAAGAGAUAAUUGUAUGCUCAUGAAAAUGUACAUGUCAGAUUUAAUAUUUCUUUAAAAUGUAUUGAUAUUUCACUUCUUUUAAUCCGAAAGUAAUUUCUCCCAUGUUUCUAGAAUAAAUUUCUUCUAGUAUUGGAUCAAAUUUUAAAAGAUUCCUUUAUAAAUUAGUAUGUUUAUUUGUAGGUUUCAAAAAAGAUCAUUUGGGUAUAAAACAAGAGAAAUGCAGUGUUUUGUUUCAUUACAGACUUAAAUAAUAUUGCAUGUACAAUGAAAAUUGAAAAUAGAUUCUAUUAAUGCCAUCAAACGUAUUUAGUUUUUAUAAUAACUGGCAGAUACUUAAUUCUUAGCCCUAACACAGAGUUGUCAAACCAGACAACAGAAUGGACCUUUAACAUAUAACCGUACCGGUAUAUGAUAUAUAUGGGGAACAUAUUGAGGAAUGAUUCAAAUUUUAAAAUGUAUAAGUCUUUGAGUGUGCAGGAACUUAAAAGAGAGCAUUUUACAGAAUCAAAACAAAAUAGAUUGUUUGCGACCUACAUUGUGUGAAAUUAUAUAGAUGUUAUGGUUUCCCAGCCAAUUUUUUACAACACAAGGGAAGAAACUCGUAUAUUAUGUGUAAGGGGGAGACAACUUUGCAUUCACUGUUGUUAGGGAGAUAUUGGCUAUAUUGGAUAGUGAAAAGGAAAAUGAUUAGGUCAUUGUUUGUUGAAACACUUUCUGAAAUGGUUUUAAGGGUUUGUUUGAUGAAUUAUUGAAUAUGCAUUAUUAAUAUUGAACAUAUUUUGAAGUAUAUUUUGCGGGUUUUUUAUGUUGACAAGAGUGAAAGACAAUGUAUAUAAGUGGAUGAUUUAAUUUGUUAAGUCAAUAGACUACUAAGUGUUACAGUUGUGUGGCUAUGUGACUGAAUUAAACAUUGUAUGAAUAGAAGUUCAAAAUACAGCUUUUAUCUUCCCUAAGAUGACGUACAUAAUUUCAACAAACCAAUUUUUGAAGUCAUUUUGAAAGAAAAAAAGAUAAAAUGUGAAAGAAAUAAUUUCCAGAUUGCAUAUUUCUCCUUCUCCAGUUUUCUUUUUAAUCUUGAAAAAUAAAUACAAAGAAUCUGAAAUAUAUGCAUAUCAUAUUUUCCCCUUUGUUUCCAACACCAAUAUCUUCAGAAGUUCUGAACUAUUUUAUUUUACCUUUUGGUAAUUAAUUUACUUUCAUAAAGGCAUUCAUUGUGUUGUUAAAGUAAUGAACUUUAUGUCUCGUAACAGCCAAAUAGUUUCCCAAAAUGUAAACACAUUGGUGUGUUUUGGUGGCCUACCAUAUAAAAACUUAGAACAAUGUUGUACCUGUUUUAACGGUAAAUUUUUGGGGAUUGACAUCUUCGCUAGCCAAGGGAUACGAUCUGGUACGAUCAGGUCUACCUCCUAUUCAGAGAGAGCUAACUUGAGCGUAACCAAUGGAGGAUGGAGGACGGGUGAUCUACUUUAAAUAAGUAAUUUUGUCUUAGAUACAGUGUGAUGUGUUGAUAGACCGCCUUACAAGUAACCAAAUCAACUCAUUGUCAUGUAUGUUAUGAUUAUUUAAAAUGAGUGCUUAUUACAAUAAAUAUAGUAUGGUGUAAUAUGUAUAUGUAUGUGUUGAUUAUAAUAAAUAUGGUAUGGUAUAAUAUUUAUAGUAUUGUAUAACAUAAUAUCAUGUAUGUUGGGAUGUUUUGUUAAAUGGUCGAGUACAGUAUGUGUUUUUGUUUUGUGAGUUUUGAUCAUUAAUAUAUUUUACUUCCAUUUCGUCUGAUGAUACGCAGCAGUCUGUAAGUGAGUUUAUUAUAUUAAACAAACUUUCAAAUUAG